GCCAUCUUGACGAGGGGAAAGCACCGCCGCUCCCCGGCCUUGCGUCCGUCCCGGAAGUACCGCCCACCCCCGCGCGCCGGAAGCGCACUGCUCGCGAGCCGCGCCCAUUCCGUCUCGGGCCGCGCGUGAGCAGCGCGUUGGUGACGGCAGCCAGACGGUGACACUGACAGUGACAGCAGUGAUGGGCGCAGGGACGGAGCCGGCGGAGGCGCAGUGUGACUCAUUGGAGGGGAGGAUCUACCUGGACUACAACGCCACCACCCCCCUGGCCCCUGAGGUGGCCCAGGCUGUGUGCGAUGCCAUGUACCAGGCCUGGGGCAACCCCAGCAGCUCCCACCCUGCAGGCAGCAAGGCGAAGGAGCUCAUUGGCAGCGCACGGGAGAGCCUGGCGAAGAUGCUAGGAGGCCGCCCCGAGGACAUAGUCUUCACCUCAGGGGGCACAGAGGCAAACAACAUGGUGAUCCACACUGCCUGCAGGCACUUCCACGACAGCUGGGGAACGGGGGACAGCCGGGGCAUACCACACAUUGUGACGUCGAGUGUAGAGCACGACUCCAUCCGCCUGCCGCUGGAGCAGCUGGAGAAGGAGGGCCUGGCAGAAGCCACCUUUGUGCCUGUAUCCCCACGGAGUGGACAGGCAGAGGUGGACGACGUCCUGGCUGCCAUCCAGCCAAACACCUGCCUGGUGUCCGUCAUGCUGGCCAAUAAUGAGACCGGGGUCAUCAUGCCCGUCGCAGAGCUGAGCCAGCGCGUCUGUGCCCUCAACCAGCGCAGAGCAGCGCAGGGCCUGCCCAGGAUCCUCAUGCACACGGAUGCAGCACAGAUGAUUGGCAAGGGGCACGUGGAUGUGCAGGAGCUGGGCGUGGACUACCUGACCAUCGUGGGACACAAGUUCCAUGGCCCACGGAUUGGAGCACUGUACGUCCGCAGCCCUGGCACUGCCACCCCGCUGCACCCCAUGCUCUUUGGAGGGGGACAGGAGAGGAGUUUCCGGCCAGGCACUGAGAACACCCCGAUGAUUGCCGGCCUUGGCCAGGCUGCAGAGUUAGUGAACAAGAACUGGGAGGCCUAUGAAGCUCAUAUGCGGGAUGUGCGGGAUUACCUGGAGGCCACGCUGGCGGUGAGCACAUCUGGUCCCUUCCCACCGUCUCAGGCUGCAGGGUGUGGGGCCUGGAGCCGGGCCUCCUUUGGGAAGCAGAGGAUUCGCUUCAACAGUCACUUUAAGGGCUCCAAGCGACUCUGCAACACCUGUAAUUUCUCCAUCCUGGGCCCAGGCCUUCAAGGACGAAGGGUGCUGGCUCACUGCAAGGUGCUCCUCGCCAGCGUCGGGGCUGCCUGCCACUCUGAGAAGGGGGAUCGGCCCUCCCCAGUGCUGCUGAGCUGCAGGAUCCCCCCAGAGGUGGCGCAGAAUGCGCUGCGGCUGAGCGUGGGCCGUGGCACCACCCGGGCAGAGGUGGACAGGGCUGUGCAGGACCUCAAGCAGGCUGUGGAGCAGCUGGAGCAGGACCAGGCCCCAUAGAGCCCUGAAUUGCUCCACGGACACCACUCAGGGUGCAGAGCUCCUGUUGCCUGCUCCACCUGCUCCUCAAGGAAACAGUUGUCGGGGCAGCUGUGACUGUGCCAGCACCUGAGGGACCCCUGCGUGGCCCAGGGGAUCUCUGGCAUCACCAGCACCGGAGGACACAAGUGUCACAUGGAUCAGGAGCAUUGCCAUCUGGGCUGGCUGAUGUCAGGGAAUUUGAUCUCCCUAAAUAUUCAUAGGAAUAAAAGUAAUUGCUGCUUCUUUUCACAAGUAAAA